AUGGACGAGGACGCGCGCCUGCUCGACGCCUCCGCCGCCGACGGUGACCGUGGACGAUGGCGACGUCGACGCGCGCUCGCGCUCGGCGUCGCCGUCGCGGCGUCGCUCGGUGUCGUCGCGUUCGGCGCGCGCGCGGAUGGGACGCGGACGUGGCGACGGACGGGGGCGACGGCGACGGCGACGGCGACGACGACGAUCGUCGUGCUCGGCGAUGCGAGUGAGGGUGAAGAUCUCGAGCGCGCGCGGACGUCGAUGGCGUACGCGGAGCGGGCGAUGGUGAUGGAUGGGGCGUCGGCGGAUCGCGCGCGGACGCGCGUGCGGUUCAGCGCGGGCGUCUUCCCGAGUCGAUGGCCGGAUACGUUGAGCUUGGCGAGCUCGUAUGUGAAUUAUUAUCGCGAUGGGAAGUGCUGCGAUGACGAGAGCGUGGAGUCGAGGUAUCCGUUUGAUGAUAUUUUGAAGAGCGAAAAGAUUAAUCGGUGCGCGCCGGGGCAUCGGUGCGGCGAUCCGACGCUGACGCAUCACUUGGGGUGCUUCACCUCGCACUUGGGGGCGUUCGAGGAGGGUUUGAGGACGGAGGGAGAUAAGUUUGUUAUCUGGGAAUCCGAUGCGCCGCACAUGGCGUCGGUGCACGUGGCGGAUUACGACGAGUUGGCUCGACGCCUCCCCGCGGACGCAGACAUGGUGUGGAUGCAGGUACACCAAAACGCUCCAGGGCCGUUCGUAGGUAAGUUCCCUUCCAAGGCGAGCGGUAAGUGGACCGCGGAGAUGCGUAAUGAGCAGCUCGAGGCACAUAACGCGUCGAGCAGCGUGUACCUCUAUCGCUUCAACAAGCAAACCGGUUGGGCGGGUUCGUCGAAUAUCAUGUGGACGCGCAAAGGUUUGUUAAAGGUGCGCGAAUACAUCAAGGAAAAAGGCGGCGACAUGAUCGACGCCUGGCUCUACAUGGGUUGCAUGAAACGAUGCGAGACGCAUGAUUGCAUGAAUUUGGUGUGCUACGACGCUCAGACGAGGGCCAUUCCCAAGGAAUGGCUCGGAGGUUUCGUGCCCAACUGGUACGAGCAGGAUGGCGUCGACCGCGCGGUCGAUCCCGAGAUGUAUCUCCCCUUCGACAAGGAACACCUCAGAUACAACCAGAUGGGAUGUGAAAGAGGUGGUGCAGAUUUCGAGCAGCACGGUGCCUUCUUCCCGGUCGGCUUGGAGGCGGACGGCGAGGUCUUUGAGGACACCAUUAAUAACGUCUUGUCGUACGAGGGCGCGAUGCAGGCUUUGGUGAACCCGUGCGCCACUGCGCUCCCGCUCCAUCCACCGCGCGUCGACGCGCGAACCGCCUCCGUGGCUUCGCUCGCGUUACGUAAGAAGAGCACAGACGGCAUUCUCUUCCAGAGCACCAGAGUGAUAGCCGAAGACGUACUCAUCACGGCGCUGCGAGAAGAGCGAUCGAAAUCAUCCGAAGCGCGUUAA